UCGAGAGGAAUGCAGACCCUGAGGUUAAUCUGUUGUUCUAUCUGAGAAAAGUCAUCCGACUCACGGGGACAAAGUACGGCUGUGGAGGAGGUGGCUGUGGGGCCUGCACAGUGAUGGUCUCAAGAUAUGACCCCGUCUCCAAAAAGAUCAGUCAUUUCUCCAUCGCUGCCUGCCUGGUUCCCAUCUGCUCUCUUCAUGGGGCUGCUGUCACCACUGUUGAAGGCAUAGGAAGCACCAAGACCAGGAUUCACCCCGUCCAGGAAAGGAUUGCCAAAGGCCAUGGUACCCAGUGUGGGUUCUGCACUCCAGGCAUGGUGAUGAGCAUCUACGCUCUCCUGAGGGAUCAUCCAGAACCCUCCACAGAACAGUUAAUGGAAACCUUGGGGGGUAAUUUAUGCCGCUGCACUGGAUACAGACCCAUUGUGGAGAGCAUGAAAAGUCUCAGCCCCAGUUCAUCUUGCUGCCGGAUGAAUGGGAACGGGAAAUGUUGCUUGGAUGAAGAAGAAAAUGAGCCGGCGAAGAAAACCAGUAUUUACCCCAAAUUGUAUGAAAAAGAAGAAUUUCAGCCUUUGGAUCCAACUCAGGAGCUGAUAUUCCCACCUGAGCUAAUGAGGAUGGCAGAGGAUCCCCAAAAGAGAGCUCUGACUUUUUGUGGGGAGAGGACUACCUGGAUUGCCCCGGGAACCUUAAAAGACCUCCUGGACCUGAAAAUGAAGUACCCCAGCGCUCCACUCAUGAUGGGCAACACCUCUCUCGGGCUUGAUAUGAAGUUCAAAGAAGUUUCCUACCCAAUUAUCAUCUCUCCUGCCAGGGUCUUGGAAUUACACAUCGUGACCAAUACAAAGGAAGGGCUGACACUGGGCGCUGGCCUCAGCCUGACCCAGGUAAAGGACGUCUUGGCAGAUGUGGUCUCCAGGCUCCCUGAGGAGAGGACACAGAUGUACCGUGCUCUCCUGAAGCAUCUGAAGACCCUGGCUGGGCAGCAGAUCAGGAACAUGGCUUCCUUAGGUGGUCAUAUUAUCAGCAGACUGCCGACCUCUGACCUCAACCCUAUUUUGGGUGUAGGCAACUGCAUCCUCAAUGUUGCGUCAACAGAAGGAGCCCAGCAAAUCCCUCUGGAUGAUCGCUUUCUUGCCGGACUACCAGAUGCGAGCCUGAAGCCAGACCAAGUGCUCAUCUCUGUUUUCAUGCCCCUCUCUGGGAAGGUAUGA